AAUGUUACCUGGACAUGCUUUCAUGUGAUUCACCCUUUUGUGGGGUUGUUUUUUUUUUUAUUUUUUAAAAGAAAGACUGCAACUGAGUGUUUUUGCAACACAAUAACACUCUGAGAACAGGAAGCAUCUUGUUUGCCGGGACUCUGUGACCUCCCGGUGUUGAUCUAAUGGAAACGUCUUUCUCCCACCUUUUGUGAUGAAUUUGUUUUAGCACAUUGUUUCUAGAAUCUGUUUCCUGUUGUGGUUGAAGCUGGACAUCCACUGAGGCUCAGCCAGACCCUUGUUUUGUUCGAUAAUGAAGUGAGCCCACACAUGCCUUUAUUAUCCACACAGGACUCCAUUGUGUGCAGGUUUUUGGCGUUUAUGAUGUGUAUUUGUAUGUGUCGGUUGAUUCAUUUGAGACCGCAGCAUUGUGUGGGUGCAUUACAAUGCAAUAAUAACUUGAUGGCGUGCAAAACGCAAACACAUCUUUCUGGAAACUCUAAAAUGCAAGAAAUGACCUAAUGGCUCAUACUAAAAUAGUUUGAUGCUCAUGCAUAAAGCAUCUGAAAAUCUCUGUUUUGCAGCCGCAGAUCUGAAACACUGAGCGGCUUGAUGCUUAUUAAUGCUUUUAAUUACCUUCAGAAACUCUGUCAGCGAUGCCAGCAAUACAUAUGUAAAGCAUGUGGUUAACAGAUUUUGCACAGUUUGUAAAGGGUUUACAGUAUGCUGCAAAAAUAGCACUAGUUGGAUGGUAGUGUGCAAUUGUGAACUUAAACCCAGACGUCUUUUCUUCCUCCAGGCUGAAUACGGGGUCUUGAAGGAGGAGGUGGAGGCCAUGGCGAGUCUGGCGAGCCGUUUGUCAGACGUGUGUCCCGAGAGGAUGAACACUGUAGGGACUGAGAUUCAGACCAGCCUGAACGCCUGGGACGAGCUCGGCAAAAGUGUGGCUGAAAACAAGAAGAGACUCCUGCAGUUUGGACACCUGCGUCAUUUCUUUAGGAACUAUCUGGCAAUGAUCUCUUGGACAGAAGACACCCGCUCCUGCAUUUUCUCUGAAAGUGCUCUGCGUCAAAGCCGAGAGAACCAGGAGCCUCUGGUUGAGGUUCUGGAUCGCCAGAUAGAGCAGAAGUUUGAGGAGUUUGAUCAGCUCACUGUGGCUGGAAAAAAACUCUUUGACGACGAGCAUCACCUCAACAAGAUGAUCAGAGAGAGGAUGGAGGAGCUGAGGAGCAUGCUGGGAUGGAUCCUGGUCCACUGGAGGGCUCAGAAGGAUCAGCUGUUGAGCAGACAGAGGGCUGAAGAAGCUCAGACAGACGCUAUUUACACCGAGGCCACGGUCUGCAGCCCGCAAACACAGGCGGAAACCUCAUCCAAGGCUUCUCAGAAGAGAACAGAAAGCCUCACAAGUGCUCCCCCUGGUGACAUGGAGGACAGUUUGCAGCACAAUUAUGGAUACGAGGUGAUGAAGAGUGUCAGUCCUAAAGGAAGCGAUGAUAGCGGUCAUUUAGAGAGGCCGGACUCGCCGUACCUGGUGCUGAAGGAACCCAGUCCUUCAGCUUUGGGAGGCACUGUCAAUCUCAUCCUCAGCUUCAGUAACUCUGGAGACACACAAAUCCAGGUACAAGAGCCUGGCAGGGAAGGUGGCGUGCCGGUGCUCGAACCUGUGCACAGGCCUGCUGAGUCUCACUCUUCUGCCUGUAAAUGUUUUUGGAAGCGCUGCCAGGGGCUUUUUGGUAGUUUAAAGCAAAAGAAAAAGAUUUAUGGACACAGUGCAGAAGAGGUAAGUACCUACUUGCAUGUUACAGAAAACAACACAGCAGUGUAUGAGAGUAUGACGCUUCCCCAAGACAAAUCCCAGAGGCCCUCUUCCUCCUCUCCCAGGACAUCCCUGUAUGCUUUCUCCUCCCCUUGCACCUCCCCAUACUCCUUGUCCUCCAUUGAAGACACAAUUCAGCGGACCAACAACCUCCUGCCUAAGAACAGCAACAUCUCAAUCUUUAGCAGCCUGAAGAGGAAGAGCAAGAAGGCGAAGAAGAAGAAAGAUGACUGUAGACACACCAUUCAGAAGAUCAUGGGAGAGGAGCUGUCAGAGGAGACUGGGUUGCCACCUGUAUGUGAACCGGUGACAUAUGAUACACAUACUUGGCCCCUGAAGGAAAGGAAGAAGCGGAAAAAUGCAAGGAAACCAAACAGCGAUGGGACUCAGGUCUUGGACUACAUAAAGAACCCUUUAGUGAAAAACAUAGAUGCAGAAUGUCCUGGAGAGGUUGGAUCUCCAGUUCACCAUACCUUAGAGGUGGCCACCCAAGGACAUGUGAAGAACCACUGUAGAUUUCUGUCCUUGGGCUCUGUGUUAAGCUUUGACCUGCCCAAGGAUAUGAGCCUCAUCCCUAGCAUUCAAGAUGUCAUCACAAUUGGCCCUCCUGAACAAAAAAAGACUGACUCUUAUCACCAGGACUCUCAGAUUGAUCAUCCAACAGCUCUGAGCACCUUUAAAACAGCCCGCUCACCUCCACCGCAAAAAGAAGAGCUCAAACAAAUUUCCCCAGGUGAAGUAACCCUCAAGACUGAUUGUAAAGACUCUAAAAAGUUCACCAUUGACAAUGUUUCAUUUACUAAAGAGGAAUUUCCUCCUCCACCUUGUCCAGUUGUUGAAGACAUCUCAUUUGAGGAGAAUCGUCCCUCAUCACUCAGUGAUCUGACCAAUAUCCAACAGAAACACCUGUCUGGGAUCAGUAUAGUGCCCAAAGAAGAGGUGGUUAGUUGGGGCGCUAAUGAAACUCAACUUGACAGCAAAGAGAACUACUAUGUAAGCCCACCAGAAGAUGCAAGCCAAGAGAUAGCCAACCACAGCUCAACUAUGACAGAGAUUCAUGUAUGUCCUAGUGUCCAUACCAUGGUUCACAAUCUUAAUGGACACAUGUACCAUAGACAAGGGAAAUCCUCCAGCACUCAACAGUUAAGUCCCAAUCAUGCAUCUCAUGUGGUGUUGAACUUCAGAGCCAAUGGAAGAGAGGACUCUGUGGACUCUGGUCAUUCCAGCUCUGGAAGCUUCAAGUUAUGCGCUGAGGGUCCGUACAUAGAGUCCUCAGAUUGUCCAGUGCCUCAGAGGACCAUAGGGAAGAUACCAUCCCUGGAUGCAGGAGUCUCCAACAAGAACUCAGAGUUCUCAAAGGCCAAGAGCAUUACCUUAUCUAUUGAUGUUGAUGAUCCAGUUCAUCCUGACCAUCAACAGUUUGAGCAGGAAGAGGAGGAGCUGGAGGACAUCUGGAACCACACCAACAGCUACCGAGAGAGUCUAAACUCUGACAUCAUGUAUAAUGGCUACCAGGCCACCUCUUCUCCAGACCAGCACAGGGAACCCUCACCCAAAGAAAAAGCAGUGUUUUUCAGGAAGUUGGUCACGUCCUCCGCACCCAACCUUCUUGUGGCAGAGUUCAGACUGCCACCAUCCAUCCAGACUAUGGUGGGUUCUGGGAAGCAGCAGAACCCAAGGGAAGAGAGGCAAAUUCUGGAUAAAGGGGACAGGAGGUCUUGGGCUGCAUUCACACAACAGGAACAGGUUUACAAACAGGUGGCUAUUAAUGAAACUGCUUCAGAUAUGGUGAAACUACCCGAAAUAGAGGACCAGCAAAAGUAUAUCUACCAUUAUAAAGAGGAGGAAGAGGUGGAGGAGGAGGAGGAGGAGAAGGAAACACAUUUUCUGCAGGACCAGUCCAUGAGCCUCCUGUCUGUUCAUAUGGGAUUGGAUGGGACCAAUGACAAUGAUAUUCAGAGUGGAAGACAAGAACUGGAACUGCCGUCUAUGGAAGGUACACUGGAGAGGAAACACAAACUACAACUGGGUGGAAAGAAGGCACCAUGCAGGGCAUGGAACUCCUAUCAUGCUGUGCUGUACAAACAAACAAUAUGUUUCUAUCAGGACAGGAAAGAUACAUUCAAGAGCUGUGUGACCAGCCUUCCUCUGAACCUAAUUGGAGCAGUGUGUGAACCGUCGCCAGAGUACACCAAAAAACCCAACUGCUUCUGCUUGAGAUUGCGUGAUGGAUCUAAGUAUCUCCUCAGUGCCUCAUCCCGAUUUAUGAUGAAGAAAUGGAUCCUCAGAAUCCAAGCACACACUGCAUCUAGCGAUUCUGUAGUGAGCAGAUCAACAUGUCAUGGGUCUUCAGCUUCAGCGACGCUCCCUAGACAUUCUCCUGCUAUCACCGGCUGUCAGUGUGGAGAUAAAUGUCACUGCCCCAUGAGAAAUUAUGUCACCACUACCGUUUUAGCACAGAGUCAGCCCACCUCAGGCCGAACCAAAGAGAUCAUAGUCCACACCAAUGACGGACUGCAGAUCCACCAAAGGCAUCAGGAUCUGUUACUCCCCUCGUUCUCAGAUGCAGGUCAUUGUGAGGAUGAAUUCGACUCUCACGGCGAGUCUCGGAGACAGAAACCGUCAUCUGUGUCCACCAUUCAGGGCUGGACCAGCGAAAAGAGACGCUCACACUCCUUUACCUCAGCCACAUAUCAGAGGAUCAAGCCUGUAGCGCCCCCUUCAGGCAAAGGUCAGGACAGCAGCUCCAGCUACUCUGUGACUUUAUUCAUCAGAGAUGGUGAGAUGCCGUCAGUCUGUAAAAGCACAGCGAGGGCCCCGAUAAAUGGCGUCUGGCAGGAGUCCGUCUCCGAUCUGACCAAUAAGAGCUACAUGAGCCUCCCGCGACCUGCAAACAAAUCCGUCUUCAGGAAGUUCUUUGGGAAAAAGGAGUGACGGACACUUUGUGACACUGCUGGUCAAAGACCCUGACUGACAUGUGCAGGACACAAGUUCAAAACAUUUUUCUUACAUUUAUUUAUGGAUAUGAUGGCAAGAGCCAUUUUUGUAUACUUUUAAAUGAGAUCUUCUGUGAUUGUGUUGCUGCAAGGUGUUUAAAAUUCAACUUCUCACUUUAUCAGCCGUUUUGAUAUCGGCCUCAAAUGGAUGGUUUAGUCAAAAAUGAAAAUCAUGUAGUUUGCUCACCCUUAUGUUGUUCCAAACCCAUAUGUGACCCUAGAGCACAAAAACAGUGUUAAGUCUCUGGGGUAUAUUUUUACCAAUAGCCAAAAAUACAU